UUCGUUGUGAGUAAAAUGUUGUUUUAGCAACUAUUGACAUGUCAGAGUUCAGAGGUCGUAGGUUAAACACAACUCACGUUUUCAGAUGUUGAAGCUUCAUUUUGAUGUAGUCGGUGAUGGAAGCGGGGUCGAUGAUUACUGUCUUGUUUAGCAGAAGUAUUAUAAAAUGGCAUACGAAAAUGACACACCAACGAGGAUAUUUAUUGAGUGUUUGUGUAUGAUUUACAAUGUUUUAAAGGAACUGUCAGUUUCGAUGUACAGAUUUUUCGUAAGUUCACCACGGAAAUGCAUUAGUGGGGAAGUUGUGCUUAUAACUGGUAGCGGAGGUGCAAUCGGUCGAGCCCUAAGUCUUAGGUUUAGUAAACUCGGUGCUACGUUGGUGUUGUGGGAUAUAAAUGAAAAGAAGAACGAGGAGACUGCAUCGCUAAUAAAGCAGCAGGGAGGAUCAUGCUAUUCAUAUACACUGGAUAUAGGGCUACCGGAAGAGGUAUCGAAGGCAGCGCAGCGGGUGCGACAGGAGGUGGGCGAGGUGGACGUGCUGGUGAACAACGCGGCGGUGGUGACCGGACGGCCGCUACUGGAGUGCCCGGAUGAGAUGAUAGAGAGAACCUUCAGCGUGAAUCUCCUCGCGCAGUUUUACACCGUGAAAUGUUUCUUGCCCGCCAUGAUGAAGCGCCAUCAUGGUCACGUGGUCAACAUCGCGAGCUCGGUGGGCCUCGUGGGACUACGCCACCUGGCGGACUACAGCGCCUCCAAGGCCGGCGUGGUCGGCUUCUCAGAGGUGUUGAACCUCGAGGUGAAGUUCUCUGGGGUGACCGGGGUGCACACUACCACCGUGUGUCCGUCGUUCGUCAAAACCAGCCUCUUCCAGGGCUGCGAAAUGAGAUUCCCGUGCAUACUUCCGGCUCUGGACGUUGACGCAUGCGCAGACCGUAUUCUAGACGCGGUUCUGACCAAUCAGGUGAUCGUUUGCAUUCCGCGGAUCGUGUACUUCUUCUGCGUCAUGAAAACGAUACUGCCGGUGAACGUGAUGUGUUCAAUAUCUAAGUUUUUCGGCGCCAUCGACUUUAUGGACAAUUUUGUACAUGGAGAUAACGGAAAUGACCAAGCAGUUCCGAACAGAUCAGUGACGUCAAAUCCGGUUAACACAUCAUAGAAUAAGGCGCAUCAUUCCAUGUGAAAAAUCGUGCGGGUGAAUUGCGGUUAUGGAAAAGCAACUCCGAACAGAUCUGUGACGUCACAUCCGUUUACAAAAAUAGAUUUAGGCUCAGCAUUAAAAUGAGCUAUUUGCAAGAAGUGAAGGUAUAUAGGCCUAAGUCGACUUUAAUAUCUCUUUCUGCCAUUUUGGGUUAUUCGUGGAUUGAACAAAGCUCGAACAAGUUGCCGUUUGCAAAUGAUUGUUACAAUGAUCGCAAAUCUUUGCGAGCAACUUUAAAAAUAUAUUUUCUCCAUAUUGAUAUUUUUAUAUAACGUGUUCGUAUUUAUUGUUAAAACGUGUUUCAAAGGUUGUCUUUGUGUGCAUUGUUAUGUUGUGAACUUAGUGAAUAGAUUGUUUCCGUGGUUUCAGAAUUUUGUAACUGUAAAUGUGUUCAAUGUAUUUAGUACCUGUAUUUAAAAUGUUGUUAUUUUGUAUUGUACCAGCCGUGUAAUGCCGCAUAUAUAUGAGUCGCGUUCUGAGAAAACUGGUCAUAAUGCAUGUGCGUAAAGUGUCGGCCCAGAUUAGCCUGUGCAUUUCGCACAGGCUAAUCAGGGGACGACACUUUCCGCCUAAAUUGGAUUUUUUCUAAGAAGAGACUUCAUUUAUCGAAAAAUGUCAUAAAAGCGGAAAGUGUCGUUCCUGAAUAGCCUGUGCGGACUGCACAGGCUACUUUAGGACAACACUUUAUACACAUGCAAUAUGCCCAGUUUUCUCAGAACACGACUCAUAUGUAAACAAACGCAAUUACCGUAAGAAUAGUCUAUGAAUAUACGGGACACGAUACAUAAUUUAUAAAGCUCAUGCUUUGUUUCUAAGGCUCUAUUGAUCUGACGACUGUAUAACUGCUCGUCCUUCGCCAAUACAUGUCAUAUUGGUUUGUAUGAAUAUUCCAUCGUGUUUUGUUCACUUGUUUUAAAUGAAAAAAAAAGACUUACUUAUGGUACCCCGAAUUUCUCUUCAGUUAAUGUUAAUGUCGUAUUGGUUUUUAUGAAUAUUCCAUCGUGUUUUGGUCAAAUGUUUUAAAUAUAAAAAAAGACCUGAA